CGGCUCUGCCAGGGAUGCGGGCUGCUGGCACCGGGGCCGAGCGGGGCGCGCAGCACGGGCAAGCUCGGGCGAGGCGGGCGGCGGGACCCCGCUGGGGCACACCCGGCCGGCGCGGCGCUCCCGGGGCGGGGCAGGAGGCGGAGCCUUGGCGCCGCCGCCGAGCCCCGCAGCGGGGCCGGGUGCUGCUGCCGCCGGAGCCUCGCCUCCUCCCUCCCGGGGUUGCCACAUCGGCACCGCUGCUCCGAGAAGGCUCUUUCCGGAGCGGAGCGGGAGCCCAGCGCGCAGGGAGAUGGAGCCCCGGUGCUGCCGCCGCCCCCGCUGCCGCCGCCCCCCGGGACUCGCGCUCCGCCAGGGCCGCCGCUGCCACUGCCGGGACGGAGAGAGCGGCCCCGCCGCCGUCUAACGCCGCAGCCCCGGCGGCGCGGCCGAGGCGGGAGGCGGCGCGGAGGCCGCCGCGGUCCCUCCGCCCGCCGGGCGGCGGUGAAGCGUGGCCCCCUCCUCCCCGCCCUCCCCGCCGCCGCUUCCCCGCCCCCGCCCGGCCCUCGGCCGGGCUCGGCAGCCGGGCCAUGGCGGGGCGAUGAGGGAACGGCCGCCCCUGCCCGCAGGCUGCGUGGAGAGGCGGGGAGCGAAGGGGCUGCGCGGCUCGGCGGUGCUGGAGCCGGGCGGCGGGGUGGGGGGAUGUGGGGUGCGGGGGCCGCGGCGCUGCAGCUCCUCUCCCGGGCCGUGAAGCAGGCGGCGGUGCAGGGCUCCCGGCAGGACCUGGGCCGCUGGCUGUCCCGAGCCGCCGGGACGGCGGCGGGAGGCGGCAGCAGCGGGAACACCGUCGGCUUCGUCCCGGCAGAGGCUGCGGGGGCCGGCGGGCUGCUGCUGGGGCCCUGCGCGGAGCAGGACGGGCUGCCGCCCGCGGAGCUGCUGCUCUGCCAGCUGCCCGAGCCGGGCGGCGGCGGGCACGGGCUGGCCGAGGCCCGGGGCUGGCGCUGCUCCUGCUGCCUACUGGGCACCUGCUGGUGCAAGAGCUGCCUCAGCCUGAGCGUCCUGGCCGCCGUCUGCUUCGCCUCGCUGGCCCUGGUGCGCCAGUACCUGCGGGACCUGCUGCUCUGGGCCGAGAGCCUGGACAGCCUGGCCGGCGUGCUGCUCUUCACCGUGGGCUUCAUCGUCGUGUCCUUCCCCUGCGGCUGGGGCUAUAUCCUGCUCAACGUGGCUGCCGGCUACCUCUACGGCUUCGUGCUGGGCAUGGGGCUGAUGGUGUUCGGCGUCCUCGUCGGCACCUUUGUCGCCCACGUGGCCUGCAAGCGGCUGCUGGCCCGCUGGGCACGGACCAGGAUCCAGGGCAGCGGGACGCUCAGUGCCAUCGUCCGUGUCGUGGAGGGCGGCAGCGGCCUCAAGGUGGUGGUUCUGUCGCGGCUGACGCUGAUCCCCUUCGGGCUGCAGAAUGCCGUCUUCGCGAUUACAGAUUUGUCACUACCCAACUACCUGAUGGCUUCUUCACUUGGGCUGCUUCCUACUCAGCUCCUGAACUCAUACUUGGGCACUACCUUGCGCACCAUGGAGGAUGUGAUUGCAGAACAAAGUGUUAGUGGCUAUUUUGUAUUUGGUUUACAGAUUGUCAUAAGCAUAGGACUCUCGUUUUAUGUCGUUCACCGGGCUCAAGUGGAACUCAAUGCAGCUAUUGUAGCGUGUGAGAUGGAAAUGAAGACAUCACUUGUUAAAGCCAGUCAGCCAAGCAUCAAUGGCUCAACCACAUACUGCAACAAGAGGACAGUGGCAUUCUCUGGAGGGGGUGUCAAUAUUGUGUGAUUUCAAGUGUUAAUAACUAAGUAAGGUUUUGUGAACCUGAGCUAUUGCCUAGAAAUAUCUAUGGACAAUUGAAAUAGAUUUUUAAAAAAUUACAAGUGAUUACAGGUUGUACUGUGGCACAAACCAACCUCUUUAAUUGCACAUGGGGUGACUUCUAGUAAGAUGAGGAAGAUGGCAAAGUAACUUAAGAUGUAAAUGCAAAUUUGGCUGCACCUUUGGUCAUUUAUUAUGCCUGUCAUGGCCUGUAGUCUGCACUUUAGUUUUUUUUUUCCUUUGCUCCUAUAAACUGAAAAAUGCUUCUAUAAACAAAAAAGUAGCACAGAGGUAAAUAUUUUUCUGCUUAGCAUUAUUUAUAAGGCUGAAUAAUUAUAUACAGUAGAAUUUUAUUACUGAUAAAGGUGAAUGAGAAAGUAUGCAAUUCUAUAUAUGUUAUUCUUGAAUGUGCUUUUGCUUUGGAAUUGCUUCCAGAACUUGGAGUGUAUUAUUUAGCUAAUGAUGGGACCAUUUGGCUUUUUCUUCAUUUUUGAUUUAAAAAAAAAUAGAACCCUAUAUAAAGUUUUGGUUGAAUGUAUUUUUCUAAACCAUUACAAAUGUUGCAGAGCCAUGCAAAUGUAUUCACACAAGCUUAAAUCCUACAUUGUGGGACUGAAGUGCUCUUAAAUUACAUUUUAAGUUACACUGUGUAAUAUGCAAAGUACAAGGGAAAAUGCAGAAGUUAGAUUGCUAUGACUAUUUGAAUGACACUUAAUUGGUUUUGCCACCUUGGUGAUUGUAACAAAGGGCUGUUCCACAUUAGUCCUAGAGAUGAUAUUUUUAAUUGUUAAAAGGAUGAAGUUUUUCAGCUCACAUGACUGCAUGUCGUAAGGCUUCUAGAACAGGGAGCUAAAUCUCUGCUCUAAACAGAAUGAUGGGAUAUUAGCAGUACUAAUUUUACAAGAAGGUGGCCUUUAUUUUGUAAGUGAAUCCCCUCUCCCUUUUAAAAGCUUUAAAAAUUCACUUUGGUUGGCACAUCUUUUAUACUAGUUUUACAUUUUUUAAAAGACACAAUCUAUUACAAAUUUCAUCAGAGUGAAGAAAUGAAAACGCGAAGUUCUCCUUGGAAAAGAAAUAAUCCAGUAUUGGAGAGGAGAGCAAUGUCUCUGAGACUCAGGAAUUCUGACUCCAUUUUUGCAAGACAACACUGUAUUGGAUACUGCUCCUUUUACGCCUGCUGUGGACUGUUUUUCACCGCAUUUAAAUAGACUGGAUAACCUGACAGUUACUUGUGUGUGUGUCCAAAAGAAAAACAACAAUAAUGCCUGAACACGAUGUUCUGUAUGUGUGAGUUUCAUGUAGAUAUACAUACCAAUGUUCAAUGGCUCAAACACACGCAAGUCAUCUGAUACAAAAAUAAUGUAAAGUAUUGCUUAUUUUGUAGUUACUUUGUGUGAGUUUUUAAGGAUGCUUUCAGUCUUCAAAAUUUUGUGUUAUUUUCUAACAGUACGACUGUGCUUCCUUUUUGUAAGGUUGUUUGUAGGGUCCAGGCAUUUUUGUCUUCUUGAGAAUAGUGGGUCUUCAAGGCCAUUGGGAAGCAGAGAUCUGAGAGCCUCUAACAGCCUUACUGAGAGGAUGUGCGGCACUCACGUAGCCGAACGUCUGCGCGCUCCUUUGUGCGGGGGUUCCAUUUUGUUCCUUAAAUACGUAUCCUUUGCAGAUUGAUGUUCUUGAGUCCUGCGACCUAAAGAGCUGAACUAGUUCAAUGAAAACAACAAAGCUCAGAUUGUCUCCUUUCUGUUGUUUUGGGGCUUGGGUUUUUUUUUGUUUUUCAAGGGGGCUUUUUGUUUGUUUUGGGGUUUUUUUUGUUUGGUUUUUGGUUGGUUGGUUGGUUUUGAUUUCAUCUGGUUUUGGGUUUAGUUUUGAUUGGUUGGUUGGUUUUUGAAAAGUCAAUCUGUAUAUACCUGGAAGUGUUCAUUUACACAUCUCUGCCUCUGACAGCUCUGUGUGAAAGCAAGAGAGCCUGAUAAAGUUUUGAUGGCGUUAUUUGUCAUCACAGUAUAAUUGAGUCCUUUCUUAACUAAAGGGUUUUUUUUGUUUUUUUUGUUUCUUCGAAAGAACAGUUCUUCAGUGAACUGAUCUGAACUUUGCUCCAUCUUGCCAAAUGAACAAUAGUGUUUUGAAGAGGGUAUCUCUUUGCAUUUUUAAACUAACUUAAGGUUGCGUUGAUUAUUUGAGACAUUUCCCAAAUACGUAUUUUGAAGUGCUUUUAUUUCCAUGACAUUUUGUAACCAGAGUAACUUCACUAUGUGAACACUUUUGUAGUAUGGAAUUAGUUCUUAAGACUUUUGCAUUUUGCUUGAUACUUGUAAUAUUUGUGUACAAGUUAAUGGGAAACGUGCAUUAAAAGGAACUUUUCUGUACCAUGCCAAUCAUAAUUUUAUACAAUAAAUUCACUCAAAUUUCUUUAAAGGAA